AUGAAGUCUGCUGCUGACCAACUUUCUGACAGUCUCCAAGCCUGCGUCAACUUCUGGUAUAUUUUGGAUGGUAGUGGAAUGAAACAAACGCCGGAACAAGAUGAACGACUUGUGAAUGUUAUCAAGAAUGCGAUCGCCGACAACACAAUCAAAUCAACCUCAAAGUUCCCAAUAGUGCGAUUUGUAUACUCCAAUUCUACUGCUGCAGACGUCGCCAAAUGGAAAUCACUCUUGGAUGAGGCCGAGGAAGAGUCAAGGAUCGCAGAUCUAGUUGACGAACCUGCUGAUUACUUUGACACGACGGAGCCAAAUUUCUUUAAUUAUCUAUCGGAGCUACAAGUUGAAACGUUGGAAGAAGCGUUCGUGAAAAACCCUCAUCCAACCUUGGAUGAAGCAACAGCCAUCGCGAAUAACAUUGAUCUUUGUGCCGACGAGGUCCUCGGUUGGUUUAAUGCGCACCGAUACGAAAAAAGUUACCCGUCACUUAUUUCUGAAGAUGUGACAAAAGAUGCGAAGCGGUCUGGAGAUGUGAAGCUGUUGGAUAACAGAACGACUGACUUACGAAAAAGAAAGAUCAGUGUCAGUCCGACCUUCCAACGCCCGUUGCAAAAGGUUCCAAAGUCUUCUCCUUCUAACCAACGCAUUCAGGCUUCCUCUAUUAUCCAAUCGACUCCGUUUCCCAGUGAUGAGUGUAAACUAGGAGAACCAGACAAGAACUUUGAUAAAAGUUACACUGCAUCUUUCAAACCGACCCCAGUGGAAAAUGAGGUUAUGUGCAAGCUGAUACUUGAUUUAACCAAGGAGAAUCAAAGUCUGAAAUCACAAUUAAAGGAAGGUGUGGAGAAAGAGAAGGCAAAAGAUGAAGAGAUCGGCAAAUUGAGAGCCGACGGUUUAUUUCUUGAAAUGCUCGAAAUGGGUAAAACACUGAAAACGCUGAUAGAGUCAGAAUCUGUGAAAAGUGCUCAAUUAGAGUCGAUGGAGAAGAACUACGCUCAACUAGAAAACAUCUCAUCCAAUCGGACACAACGAUUGGAAAAGAAAAUAGCGAAUCUUGAAGUCAAAAACAGAGAGUUAGAGUUGAAGCCCAAACCAGAAGACUAUGCGAAAUUGGAGAUGAAGGCAAAGAAAGCAGAGCGUAGUUUGGAGGACAUAAAGUAUCAAAUGAAUCUCAAGGAUGAGAGAAUCAAGGAGUUAGAGCAGAUUUUGCACCUGGAUUCCAUCGAUAACGGCAAGGAUAACACGCUCGAAUUCCAACUGGCUAAAAAAACCGAGACGAUCAUUAAACUCACUCGCGAAAUCAACUGUACUCUUAAGCCUGAAAUCAAGUUCCUGAAGGAAGAAGUCGCGGAAUAUAACAAAACAUUAAAAGAGGUUAAUGUCAAACGAUUUGAGGCGACUCAAGAGAGCCGGGACCUAAAAAUUCAGAAUAAGAUGAUGCUGAACACUAUUUUCGGUCUCCGUGCGAAGUGUGAAGAUCCGAAGGGAAUUAAGGCAAUUUGCGAGAAAUUGAAUAAAGAACGUCUGGAGAUUUUGGGGGUUGAAGAAAAGCUUCAUGGAGAAAUCGACGAGUUGAAGGAGUCUAUUGAAUACCUACAAGAAAAGAAGGUGGACCUUCAGGAGGUUAUAAGCGAUUUACAUAAGGACAACGUCGAUAAAGUGAUCAACGGAAAAGAAUCCAUUCCUGUCGAGUUCCCGUGCGCCCACUGCAAAUCCCUUGCUACAGAAUACGCUAAGGCCGGCACUCAGCCAAGCGACGAAGGAUCCGAGAUCAAGUUCGAUGCCACCGUCCACGAAAAAGUUUCUUCCAAGUUCGAGGUCCGCGGAGACCCAACCAUCAAGCUUUUACGCAAAGUAACGCCACAAGAAAACAACGGAGGACGUGAUCACGACUCCGCACCAGUUGCCAAACCACUUUCUGACGCAGAUGCCGUGAAAGAGCUCCUAGCAUCCGCCGAUGUUGUUGCCUGA